UCAAAUACACUAUUCAUGUUGAUCAUUGACCAAUAGAAGAGAAAAUAAAUGAGAGAAAGCGUAAAUACAAGUAAAGAGGAAGAAGAGUCCAAAUGUACCAAUCAGCUCGUGACUACUUUCAGCUUACCUUUUUCUUCUCCAAGUCCCAUCUUCGUCUCCGUCAUCUUCACGGCACAUCCUCCAAAAACGCUUAGCUUCUCUCUCUGUUACGUUUACUCAAGUCUUUUUUAGUCUCCUCCUUAACUCUCAAGCCUUUUCCAAGUUUCAAGCGGCUCCAACGGUUCAAUUUCGCACUUUCCGAUUUGUGGCUUCACUUUCCGAUCUGUUCUAGAGAACUUCAAUAUAUAUCCAUAUAUGGUUUCAUUGGUCUGUGAGCCAUAUCCUAAGAACUAAACUAGCUAGCUCUCUUACUAUGGAGGAGAGGAAACUGAACUUCAGCGUACCUCUUCUUUCAACAAGACGGAUGCAGAAGACAGCAGGAGUCUCUGUGCGUAGAAACAAGAGUAAUAACUUCACUGAUUAUGACUCUAAGACAAGUGAAUGUCCUUCUGUUCCAGUUCUUGUUCCAUAUAUGAUGGGUUUAGAUGAUGAGGUUACUGAACCUGCCUCUGUUCCUUUCACUUGGGAACAAGCUCCUGGAAGAUUAAAGGGCAAUGAUUUCAAACCCCAAGUUUGUGUUUUGAUGAAAGAAGAAGAACAAGUUUUUACACCAUGUCUUCCACCGGGUAAAGCCGUUGAUGCAAACAUGACAAGAUUGCAGAGUUCAAAGGGUAAACAAGUUGAAGAAUCAGAUGAUGAUGAAGAUGAUGUGUUUUCUGAUGCUCUUGACACUCUCUCUCCAAAGGACUCGUUUUCUUUUAACAAUAGCAUUAGUGGUGUGAGUGAAUAUGGUGGCGUUGAGACCAAGAAACCACUGGAUGCUCAAUCUCGGGAUUUCAUGAUGAGUCGUUUUUUACCAGCUGCCAAAGCUAUGACUGUGGAGCAGUCUCAUUAUGCUUCGAAUCGAAAACCAUCCACUUUUAUGGCUGAACCAACGAUACAGAUAAGAGAGUUAGUACCGGGGGAGAAGCAGCAAACUCCUAAUAGAUAUGAUGUGUCUAUAGUCCCAUCUUACUAUUACCACCAAGACAUUGAUGAUGAAGAAAGCAAGGUGGGUGAGGAAGAUGAUGAAGUUUCUGAGUACGCCUAUCUUUCAAAGAGAGGUUGUGGAAUGUUGCCACAAUUGUGCUUUAAAGACUCUCUCGGCAUGCUGAACACAGUGCCUGGUUUUAAAGCUAAACACAACUCUCCAAUAACAUCACCAAGUCAUGAUCAAGUGAAGUCAAGCAAGGUUGCUCAACUCAAAUAUCGAUUCCAAUCUGUUAAAAAGCUAGCUCUUGAUUCAGUUUCUAAGCACAAGUUGAGUGGUAAAGUUCAUUCACCAGUUCAUCCAAGCAAUGGGAAGAAGUUCAACUCUGAAUCAAACUUGAUUUCUGCUGCGAAGAGGUCUUCAUCUCCUUACAGACACUCUCGCUGUAUGUCACCAUUUCGCAGUACAGGUAACGGUUCUCCUUUACACCAUGCGGGUUUCCCUGAGACUCGUAGGGAAACCGAGAACCUGAGAGCUAACAGGUUGAGCAAUCAUACUAGAAACAUAAGCAGGACGUCUCAGGAGUUACUCUACCCAAAAAGCAAUGGUUCAAUCUUGGAGAAGACAGUUUAUGUCGACACCGAGAAUGAUCACAUGACCAAUGAUCAGCAUAACUCAAAUCUCAUGAUCUUUCCAGAGGAAGCAGAUAUGACAGGAAGGAAACCAGAUGCCAAUCCUGAACUUGAAGCUUUUGAAAAUAUAAGUAUUAGAAGUAGUGAAAUGGUGAAGGGAAAUGAGUUAGUAGAGAUCAGUAGUGGUUUUGAUCGGUCUCCUCUUGCACCACCUUCUCCCAAAAGGCCUUCUGAAUCUUGGCUUUGUCAUAAUCUGCCUUCAGUAACUUCUCAGAUCACUUCACGUAGAUAUCAUCCAUUCAACCCCCAAAAGCAGGAUCUUACAGAAAACUACAGAAAUGGUACCAAGUGGGAAACUAUUGUUAAGACUUCCUACAUGCACAGAGAUCAUAUCCGAUAUUCCGAAGAACUGGUUGCUCAUACAUCUCAUCAAUCCAAAACUUGAGACCUUGAUGCUUCUCGAGUUCUGACCUCCCCGAGAUCAUCAGGUUUAUACCUACGUUUCAGCUCAAUCAUUAGUUAUUUGGUAGUCAUUUCAUCCACUGGUGAAAAGAAAAUAUGUGCUUGUUUUAUGAACCUCAUUUACAUGUGCAGCUUCAAUAUUAACUCUAAUUAAUGAGGCAAAUACUAGUAAGACUUAGGAUGAAGAAAACAGUGAACUAAAGGAAGGCAGAGUAAGAAUUUCCAUU